UUUCAAGAGAAUAAGGAUGGGAGGAAAAGCUUGAGGUUUGAAGGCUAUGGUGUUUACAACUUGGAAGGAAGGAAAAGCUUGAAGUUAUGCUUUGUAAGGCUUUAUAGAGACGAUGAUGGAUUUCAAGGAGAUGAGGUUAGGGCUGGGGUGCUUGCAACAGCUAGGAAGGAGGUGUAA